AGGAUGGAUGCAACAUCAAAGAAUCACCCUGCCAGCGAUGGCGCAGAUCUACGGCAAGGCGAUACCGAAGAUCGUAGACACGAUGAUUCCGGUACAGUGAAUGGGAAAUUUCGGUUCAAAUCUUCCAAAUCCAAGCACCGAUCGCGAACCAACGAGACCGACGAAGGCCAACAACACCGUCAGCACCAUCGCAAGCGACAUCAUCGCCAUGGAUCUCAAACCACCUCUGAACGGAAAAGAAGCAAACGUGGCCAUUCUCCUUCCUCUCAUGAACGAUCGAAUGCGCGACUCUCGCCCGGGGCCGCAUUUCGCGAAUCGCUGUUCGACGCGCUGGGCGAUGACGAAGGUGCAGCAUACUGGGAAUCGGUUUACGGGCAGCCAAUCCAUACAUACGACAAGCCCUCGGUACCAAAGGGACCGAAUGGGGAGCUGGAACAGAUGUCCGACGAGGAAUAUGCGACGUACGUGCGCGCACGGAUGUGGGAACGGACCCAUGAGGGGAUGUUCGAAGAGAGGGAACGACUUCGUCAAGAAAAAGCGAGACAGAAGGCACAGGAUCAGAGACAGGAAAGAGCGUCUUAUGAGAAAAUGCAAUUCGAACAAGCAAUCGAAGAAAGUCUGAAAAGAGGCCGGGAGCGGCGGCGACUGAAGGCCUGGAAAACAGUGUGGGAAGAAUACCAGCGCAGCUGGGAAGCGCUGAAUCAGCUAACAGCCAGGAGUGGCGAUGGGCAGGGCAAUCAAAUGGAGGGCGACCAGAAACACUUCAGAAAUGUGAUAUUCUGGCCUGUGGAGUCCGGCAAGCGGAGAGAUAUCUCGCGAGCAGCAGUGGAAGAGUUCAUGCUUCAUGCGCCUAGAAACUCCUCGGCUGGUGAAAAGCCUCAAAAGCGGAAAGACGACUCUUCCCAUAUUCUGACAACACUCAAGGCUGAGCGUGUGCGGUGGCACCCGGACAAAAUUCAGCACCUAUACGGCGCUUUGGGAAUCGAAGAGGUUAUUGUCAAGAGUGUUACGGAAGUAUUCCAAAUCCUCGAUCAGAUGUGGAAUGAGGAACGCGAGAAACAAAACCGUGGAUGACGAAGUUCGAAAUAGAGGUUUACGAGGCUUGCGAACAGCAUACACUUUACGAUAUGAUACCCAGCUGUUCCUUCAGACAUUGUAUUUCAUGCAUACACUAUUAAUUGCUCUCCACUAAGAACCAUGAUUGCACUGCUGAGCAAGUACAUAGAUUAUGAUGUGAGCCAUUAGUUCUCAGUCGUGUCAAUGGCAGCCGUAGAAAACCACUUUUGCAAUUAAGAGUAGAGGAAAAGGAGUAGUUGACGUGAUACAUUUGAUACAAGGCUAUGCAAAAUAACGUAGAAGAUAGAUCAGGAGUUGGACUGAAUUUGAGUACGAGGGAUGCUUGAUUGGUUCGAUUUUUUUUUUCUUGUUUUCGCUUUUUUCAGAGUUUUCGGUUUUUUUUU